AUGGCAUCAUUCCAGACAGCAGGAUAUCCUAUCCCUCCAGCCGGGUUCCAAACAGGAUAUGACUACCGGACCCCGCCGGCCACUCCUCAAUAUGCCGGAGGCCACUACUACUCUCCAAGGCAUACCACUUACGCGACUCCUCCACCCAAAGGCCAUGCCCGGAGGGCCACGGGAGAUGGCACUUAUGCCUACACAUCGACCAACACAACCCCUCGCAAGGUCUACACUUACACGUCCCCCGAGUACGCCUACUACUCCUCAGCACCGCCCAAGACGGCGCGCAGACCCGACUAUGUAAGUGACUCUGAACGUGUUCGUGAGAGCACUCAUGCCUACCGAGUGCCGACGGACAAGUAUGGCGGCCAUGAGCGCGAGUACUACUCAAGCUAUACGCAAUACCCCUCGCGACCACGCCACGGCGAUGACCCUUUCCAUGGUCGGUCGGACGAGUAUCUGCCGCGCUACGAGCAACAUGAACCGCGGCCGCCGCCGUACUAUCGUUAUCAGAGUUACCGAGAGUCCCCCACUGAUCACCGAUACCAUGAUCAGGAACGUGUCUAUGAACCGGCCGCACAGCCGAGCGACCCACGACCUCGCCGGGCCUCCUUCGGAGCUCACCAUGCUGCCAAGCCCACGCAACCUCGGCAACCUCAGCGACCCAGGACGGCGACCAAGGAGAAGCGCGAGGCCACUGCCGCCGACGCCGCGCGCCACAACAUCCCAGCUGGCUAUUCCAUCAAGUUCUGGGACCCGAGUGAGGAGCCCAUCCUGCUUCUAGGAAGCGUCUUCGACGCCGACUCCCUCGGCAAGUGGAUCUACGACUGGUCGGCCUUCUUCUACGGCGCUCAAUCCCCAUUGGCCGAGGAGGCCGGCGACCUCUGGGUCCUCCUCAUCAACCUCUCCCACAAGAUCAAGAUCGCCGAGGAAGUCAUGAACCGAGUCCGCUCGCAAGCCUCACGCGACCUGCUCGACGAGUUCCUCGACUCCGGCGAGCGCAUCUGGCAACGCUUCAACAAGUUGCUCAAGAUCUGCGAGUCCUACAUGUGGAAGGCUUCCAAGAAGGACCACGAAGGCAAGCGUCAGAUGGGCAAGAGCAGCGGCUUGGCCUUUGUUGAGGCCAUGUUCGAUCGCGAUUGCGAGCUGCGCACCACCGAGAAGCUCAUGCAGCACAUCCGCACCUGGUUGGUCCGCUACGACGCCAACUGCCUCCCCAUCACCCGUGACCCUAGCGCCUAG